CUCUCCACAUACAUUUUGGGAUCAAACAACUAAUCAAUCGAGAGAUGGAAGGCAAAAACUUGAUCGUAAGUGUGCUCGUAACGUGUCUGUUCAUGGCACAAAUUCAAGUUGACGCAAAGAGCUGCUGUCCGUCCACCAAUGCAAGAAAUAUCUAUAAUAUUUGCCGCCUUGUUGGACGUCCCAGGCCAGUGUGUGCAAGCAUGAGUGGCUGCCAAAUCGUUGAUGGGUCAUGUCCUAACGGAUACACAAAAGACAUUCUCGAAAACACAGGUGAUGUUGUCAAUAAUUACUGCAAGUUGGGAUGUGUAUCCUCGGUCUGUGGUGCCUUAAUUACUCUCCAAAAUGAUGCUAGUGAAAUCGUGAAUGAAGCAGUUAGAAAAUGUGCUGACGCAUGUGCCAAAGUAUGCACCAAGAGUUCGAUAAAUGCAGUUGAAAUUGCCUAGUUAAAAGAUACCACAUGCAUCUGGAAGUGAAGUGGGUGGUCAUCCUUCACAGUAUUGUUUUUCAUGUUUUCAAUAAUUGUCGUGUAUGUGACAAAACCGUUAAAACUCUUGUGUCCACGUUUUAAUAAUUAAGCUUUUUCAAAUU